GCGAGAGGCGGCGCGGCGCACGAGCGCAGGCGUUUACACGGCAGCGCUGACGACGUCGGGCUGGUGGUUCCAUUCGGUUUGGUGUUUCUCCUCGUCUGCCUCCGCAGCUUCUGCUCAGCACCUGGACAGCUCCGGGUCCUCCUCCUCCUCCUCCCAAUACUCGGGCGCAUGGAGUCCCUGGAGUGACUGUGGGGGAAGCCUCGGAAACGCACCUGCAUCCUGCAUCCAGUCGCAUCCUGAAGGAUGGUGCCUUCACUCGCGGCUGGCUGUUUUCACCGGUCCGCUCUGAGCACAUCCGCGAGGACGGAGCUUCGUUCACCAUCACUGUCACCAGAGAGCUGAGAGAUAUCAUCAUCAUCAUCGUCGUCAUCGUCACUGCGAGGGCAAAGGAGUCACGACCGCACUUCACACCAUGUAGAGUGAGAAGACAGAUAUGUCCGGAGGAGGGUUUCAGACGCCAGUGAUUCUGCAUGAAAACUGCAUCCCGACUUCACCAUGAGCAACUCUCAGGUCCCCCCAAAAGCCGCCACCUCGGAGCUGGAGGUGAUUUCCCAGCAAGUGGAGGAGGAGAACCAGUGCGUGGGCCCCGUCCACCUGGUCGGCUUCACCUACAGAGACUUGCCCCUGGCGGCUCUGGAUCUGUCCCUGGCUGGAUCUCAGCUCAUCUCCAACCCGGACGAGGAGGACAAGGAUGGCUCCAACUGGCUGAAGCCCUGCUGCGGUCGCCGAGCGGCGCUGUGGCAGGUCUGCCUGCUGUCCGCCGGCUUCAACUGCUUCCUGGUGGCCUGUGUGGUGCUGGUGGUUCUGCUGCUGACCCUGGAGCUGCUGGUGGACAUCAAGCUGCUGCAGUUCAACAAUGCGUCCCAGUUCGCCAGUGUCAUCCACUGGAUCAGCCUGGCCAUCCUCUCCGUGUUCUUCACCGAGACCGUGUUCAGGAUCGUGGUGUUGGGCAUCUGGGACUACAUUGAGAACAAAGUGGAGGUGUUUGACGGCGCCGUGAUCGUCCUCUCUCUGGCCCCCAUGGUGGCCUCCACCGUGGCCAACGGGCCCAGCAGCCCCUGGGACGCCAUCGGCCUCAUCAUCACUCUGCGCAUCUGGAGGGUCAAGCGGAUCAUCGACGCGUACGUGCUGCAGGUGAAGGUGGAGAUGGACCUGGAGAUCCAGCAGUACGAGAAGGCCAAGGCGGUGAGAGACGAGCAGCUGGACCGUCUCACUCAGAUCUGCCAGGAGCAGGCGUUUGAGAUCCGGCAGCUGAGGGCUCACCUGGCCCAGCAGGACCUGGACCUGGUGGCAGAGCGUGAAGCCGCCAUGCAGAUCCAUCACAUGUGGGGAAAACAGAGCAACAGCUUCCAGGAAGUGGACGGUCUGGCGCCGGGGGCGGCCGGGUCGAAUAAAAUCCGAGAGCCCGGCCUGGCCGCAGAUCAACUCGGUCAGGACGACAUGAACAACUACAUCAGUCAGUACUACAGCGAGCCCAGCAGCGAUAUGGGGAUCCCCGACCCCGCCCGGGUCAUCACCACCACCGCCAUCGACGUGCACCUCCCCAAGAACGCCAGUCAGCUCCCCUCCACCUUGGUGAGCGCCGACGCCGUCUCCACCAGGUCGGUCAGCGAGGCCUCCACCACCACCGUGUCCAGGCCCAGCUUCAGCGGCCGCCAGCACAGCGUCAGCAGCCACACGCUGGGCUCCACCUCGGACUGCAGCUCCACGGUGAGGGAGGCCUCCACCUCCACGGACUUCAGCGACCAGCGCUGCUAUCCUCCCCCCUACAGCAGCCCGCUGGCUCUCGGGACACAACCCAGGGGGAACCCCAGCGCCGUGGUGCAGGAGCUGCUCUCCUCGCUGUCGGAGGACUCUUGCCUCACGCAGAAGCGUCUGGAUCCCGUCAACUUGAAACCUCCGAGCCCCACGGGUUCCUCCAAGACCAGCCCGCAGCUGGAGCACCGGCUCAACAUCUACAACAAGAGGAACCAGGAGAGCAGGGUGGGCCUGCACACCAAACCUGUGAUCCACCUGCAGAGCAACGAGGCCUUUCUGGAGGAGAAGUACAGGAUGAUGGAACCGGUGGACGCUCCGGUCAAACAUCUGUCCGAGACGUGAGGCGACUCUGGAGCAGAACCACGGACGGACCCGACUAGGACGCUCUGAUCCUCAGUCCAGCAGCUGCAGGAGGCUCUUCUAACUUUUGUCUAUUUCAGUCACAUUUUAAUAAGAAGUGAACAGGAA